AUGCAUGAAACGUUGGAGUCAUCUGUCUCCGACAGAGGCCAAGAGAACCAAAUUGGCCUGUCGAAUGAGUCAAGAAACGACGAGAAAUCAUUGGGCUCUAAAGGUUCCAACGAGUUCGAAUCUACACCCGCACCAUCCAAUCCUCCCCCAAAUGGAGGAUCCAAAGCCUGGCUGCAGGUAGUCGGGAGCUGGUUUAUGGUCUUCAACACCUGGGGUACUAUUGUCAUGUUUGGAGACUACCAGGCCUACUACGAGAAUGGGACACUUUUCCAGCAGACGUCUUCGAACAUAUCUUGGAUCGGAUCCAUCCAGUCUUUGAUGGUUUUUGCUUCUGGGGCAGUCAUUGGGCCUAUCUAUGACCGCGGAUAUCUAAAGCUCCUGCUUAUAGUAGGCACUUUUGGCAUCGUCUUCGGCCACAUGAUGCUGUCUUUGUGUCAGGAGUUCUGGCAAGUCGUCCUCGCCCAGGGGUUUGUGGUUGGAAUAGGUGGAGGCUGCCUUUUCGUUCCCGCACUGGCUGUCAUCCAGCCCUACUUCAGCACUCGCCUCGGGCUGGCAAUUGGCUUGGCGGCGACUGGAAGCUCGCUGGGAGGCGUUCUCUACCCUGUCAUCUUCAUUAACCCGAUCGACCGCGUUGGGUUUGCUUGGACGACUCGCAUUAUCGGGUUCAUUGCACUAGCCACCCUUGCCAUCCCUAUAACUGUGUCGGAAAUGCGCAUGAAACCCCCGGGUUGGACGACCGGGAAUUUGGCAUUAUACCUUCUUCCCAUUCUCAACGCAGCAUCUACAUUUGGCCGUGCGCUGCCAAACUGGUUGGCUGACAAGGUGGGCGCGGUAAAUGUGGUCAUCCCAGGCUCGCUUUUGAUAGGGGUGCUGCUCUUUUGCAACCUUGCUGUGCACAGCGUCGCAGGAAUUGUCUGCACUGCUCUCUUUUUCGGAUUCUUCUCGGGCAUCUUUAUUGCAACUCCGCCUCUUCUUUUCAUGCUCUUCACGAACGACAAGUCCAAGCUGGGAUCCCGUAUGGGCAUUGCCUAUUUCCUUCUUGGGUUGAGUGUGCUGUUCGGGGGCCCGGGAGCUGGUGCAGUUCUGCAGCACCAGGCAGGUGGCUCAGACUGGACUGGUUCGUGGUCUUAUGCAGGCGCAUUUCCUUUGGCGGCAUUUUUGGUCUUUUGUGUGUUGAGGGUCUGGCAAACUGGUGGAAAGCUCCAAGUCAAGAUUUGA